AAAUGCCACGUACGAGCCUCCAUCGGGAUAAAUAUUUAUCAAUCCUCAAUAAAACUUGACUGGUCUAUCUCUCGAAUAAAAACAAAAAGUCGCAUUUGAAGCGUUUCUCCCGAAAAUCUAUUUCAGUGCGACUCAAACGUCAGAAAAUUGGAAACGUGGAAGUUUUGUGUCAAAACCUUUUAGUAGUGUUACGGACUUUUGGUUUUGUGGUAUGAUUUUUUGAGAAAUGGGCAUGAUUACCAGGGUUAGAGGACGUUUACGAAGCCUUCACACCUUGCCGAAGUUGGACCCCGAGGAAAGGGAUGAAAAGAUUGCAGAAACAGUUUGUCUAUUGUCAGUGUUAUUCCUAUUACCCUACUGUUCCCGAGGUCACUCCCCACUUCUCUUGAGUCUUGGAGGAUGGUGUUUAGCCAGUUAUUCGUGUCUAGUACUACCAGUACUAAUUUCUGCCAAUUACAAAUAUCCGGUGAGAUGGCUCCGGCAACUGGGAAACAAAGUGACAGAUCUAUUUAUGAGAUAUUACGAACCAGUAUGCUACGUUCUUUAUAAAAUAUACGAACCUUUGGAUCGAUGUGAGAAAGUGUUCAUGAAGAUGUCCAAUAUUUGCAAUUUAACCAUUCAGUUGAUUUUCUUCAUGAUGUGUGACAGAGUUCUCUUGUGUAAUUUCGGUGGUACCCACUGUCCACAAAAAAAGAUCACCGGCCUCUAUUCGCUGAUGUUUUACAACGUAAUAGCGUAUUGCACGAGCUACAUCAAGGAACUGAUUGAAAAAGAAGACUGGUCGGUAACUGUAAGGAUGACACAACACAGCAAUAUCAAGCAUGUAGCAAUGUCAGCUACGAAGAUCGUUUUGGAGUGGACUAAAGCUGUGACAUUUGUCAUAACUGUUACUUUUAUGUUGCUGGUGUUUGGACUGGAACAAGGCUUGGAACACUACCAGCCUACUGCGCUGUAUACGUUUGUAACGUGGUCGUAUUAUAUGUGUACAGAAAAAGUGUUUGUAGAUCUUUUCCUGCCCAUGCUAUUGUGGUUAAAACUGAAAUCUCUAGAAGCAUUAGAGCCCUUGUAUGCUCCUGUAAUUUUAAGAUAUUAUACUAUUAGUUUAGCAGCCAUUAUAUGCAUAUUCUUAAGCUUCCACGGUCAGUUACGAUUCACGCUCCUAGCAUUUUAUCUUACAGUAUUUUUAAGAGUUAAAGAUAUGGUUAUGAACUGUCUUAAACAGCUAAAACACGAACAAGCUGUUUUAGGUCAGUUCAGGCAUGCUACCGAAGACGAAAUUAAGAACUGUGAUGAUGUAUGUGCUGUUUGCCUUAGUCCUAUGGAAAGAGCCAGAAUUACACCUUGUCACCAUAUGUUCCAUGCAACAUGCUUGCGACAAUGCUUAAAUAAUUCUACGAUAUGCCCUAUCUGUAAGAGAGAAUAUACUUUUGUAUACUAGAUAUAUAAUUGGACCCGAUACAAGUUUGUUUGUUUUUUUAAAUUUGAUAUGUGUCCCGAAAAUAAAUAAAUAAGAAAAAAAUUGAUCUUCCAAAUAAACAGAAACUAAAAAUACUUUCCUGUCAUAAGAAAACAGCUUACAGGCAUUUACAGACAAUCAAGUUAAAUAUCUAAAACUGUUCAAAUAAUACACAUCUUUUUAUACUUUGGAAACUAUAAAUAUAAAUCAUAGAGACUUCUACCGAACACCAUUUUAUAGAGACGACAAUAGGAUGGAAGUUUAUUUUCUGUGAAGCAAUGUCUAUACCUAUAUCCCCUUGGAAAAAACUUAUGGGGCAAAAACCAAAAUUGCUGUCAUUCGUGUUUUUUUCUUGUUAUUCUUUUGAAUAUAUUUUUGUAAAAAACAAUAUUUUUGACUUUAAAAUGUCAUGUUUCGAUAGUAAAUUUAACCUGGAACAAUUUUCAUAUAGACGUGCUUGUACCAAAAGUGCAUAGAACUCACCAUAAUUCGCCCUGUGCCUAGGGACUAAUGCACCCCUUUCUCAAAAACGCACCCCUUUCUCAAAAACGCAUCCCUUUAAAUGGUAGCACUCCGGUGGUUUUUCAUAUUUAGGGGUCCAUUGACUAUAUAAAACAGUAAAACCCCGUUAACGUUGUAGUUCCUUUCUAAAAUACUUAUAGUACAUUCUCUUUCACGGUCUUUGCUGUAAUUUUAAAGAACCGCUUGGAUUGACAUAAAAUUUGGCAUGCGCAUAGCUAACAUGUCAAAGAAAAAAAGUGAUAUGGUGCCGAUGUGUGCUUUUGCCCUAGGAGUGAGUUUCACCCCAUCUCGGGGGUGAAAAAAUAUAUGUCCAAGAUAAGUCCCGAAAUGGACAAACUGACUAAUUUUAAGGAACUUUUGUUCUAUAGAGUUUUUUACCAAAUCAAUACUUUUCGAGUUAUUUGCAAGUGAAUAUGUUCAUUUUUCAACAAAAUAACCACGUUUUUGGACGGUUUUUCGCAAAUAACUCAAAACCUAGGCAGUUUGUCGAAAAAAAUAUUCUUACCAAGACUAUAGCCUAUAAAAAGUGAAAAAAACGGUGUACAUAUUAGGUCUCUAUACCUAGCAAAAGCAGAGUUAUAGCUAAUGAAAAAUAGGUUCAUAUUCGAAAAAUUCCAAAUAGAAUAAUUCAAUGUGAAAUAUCCAAAUAAUGAAGCAUUCUUGGGGAAAACACAUUACAACUUUUUGAAAGUGUUUAAAAAAGCUUUAUUUCUGUUUUUAUAAAAAAAAUUUCUAGCAUCAAAUCUAACCAAGUUACGCUCAAAAUUCAAGUUGGUCCAUUUUUUUGCCAAAAAAAAAUCAGGAAGAUCACCCCGCAAUUAGCAACUUAAAUGAAAUUAAUCGUUACCGCUUCACAAGUUACUUUACUUAUGUUGUGUUUAUAUGAUCUGUAAGUUUCAUCGAUUCAAAGUGCUUAUUUUUGAAAAAAUUUAGUUUUAAAGUAAAAUUUUUAAAAAUUUUAAUUUUGAAAAAAAUGCUUUUUUUCAACAUGACUUAAAAAUCGUUAGGGAUACCAAAAAUCUUAAACAAUAAAAAAAGUCGGCUUUACCUUUCUGAAUAUUUUGUAUUUUUUUGUUUUUCUGUAAGACAAAAAUUGGUUAAGAUUCGGUGUUUCUGCAUACACUCGUGAUAAGUGACUCGUUCAAGCCCUUUUAUCUAAAGCUCCUUCAAAAAUAAGGACUUUGAACCGAUGAAACUUACAGAUCAUAUUAUGAUCAAUACAUACGCCAGUAAAAAACUACGCGAGUGAAGUGGUAACAAUUAAGUUCAUUUGAAAUGCUAAUUAGGGGGUGAUUUUCCCGAUUUCUUACCAAAAAAAGGGACCAAAAUAAUUUUGAGCGUAACUUCUUUACUUUUGAUGCUAAAAUUUUUUUAAAACAAAAAUAGGCACUUUUUAAACACUUUAAAACAGUUAAAAUGCGUUUUGCCCAAUAAACUGCUUCGUUUUUUGGUUAUCGCACGUUAAAAUAUUCGAUUUGGAAUUUGACGAAUAUGAACCUAUUUUUCAUUAGCUAUAACUCUGCUUCUACUAGGUAUAGUGGUCUAAUAUAUACACCAUGUUUUUCACUUUUUUACGUGCUAUAUUUUGAUAGAAUUCUUUUUCGAUCAAAUACUUACUUUUUGAGUUAUUUGCGAAAAACCGUCUGAAAACGUGGUUAUUUUGUAAAAAAAUUAACAUAUUCACUCGAAAAUAACUCGAAAAGUAUUAACUUGGUGAAAAAACUUUAUGGAACAAAAGUUGCUUAGAAUUAGUCAUUUUAUCCAUUUCUGGACUUAUUUGGAACAUAUAUUUUUCACCACCAAAAGGGGGUGAAACUCACCUCUAGGUCAAAAGCACACAUAGGCACAAUAUCACUUUUUUCUUUGACUUGUUAGCUAUGUGUAUGCCAAAUUUCAUGUCAAUCCAAGCAGUUCUUUAAAAUUUAGAGGUUUUGCAAUAUUUUACCUUUAAAGAAUGUACUAAUAUAAUCAAUAGCCUAUUGUAAUGACGUGAAUGUUUCAGGAUGUAGACUCUGACACGCAGUAUGUCAUACCGUUGCCUAUUCUCCUUUGCUUUCAAUAUGAUUUCGUGUUAUAUCACUAUAUUUGUUUUUUACAUUAACUACGGAAUAAUUCUUCACACUGCUGUAGUAUAAAAUACUGCUAAAAGUGAAGUAAACUUGGAGCAGUAAACAUUAAAAAAAUGGUGGAAGUUCUUACAAAAUCUUUUAAAACAGGAUUACAAGAAUUUCAGUCUUGGUAACUAAAAAAUAGUACAAUAACGUUGAAAGCACUUGGGAGUACACAACUGAAUAAACUUGCUGUACCGAAAGAAUACACUGGACUGCUUUUAACUAUAGAAACGUAAAUACAUACUGACAUGCGGUACGUGAUACCAAAGAAAAAUUUUACGUCAAUGUAGCUCAAAGACUAAAUCAUACUAAACUGCAGCAGUUGGGAGCAGGUACAAUUACACACCACUUGAAGGUAAACAGAUGAUGUUCUAGGAAUCUUUCAUAAAACACGUUUAACAACAAAAUAUAUUUUCGGCGCGGUAUGGUAUACCGCAUAUCAAUGGUUAAUGGUUAGUGGUAAUUUUUAUUGGACUACAUUUUAUUUGAUUGACACUAUACCAAAAUCACAAUGAAGAUGCACUAGAAAUAAACAAACCAAGACACGUUGAAUGUUAAGAGGAGCAUUACCAAAUCAUGAUUUACAAUGUAUACAGGGUGAGUCACCACUAACGGGACGGAAUAUUACAGCGAAACGGUAAAAGAUUUGAAAAAAAUUUAAAUUGAAUAGUUUGUAAGUUGAUAAAAGCUACAUUAUAAAAUUAUUUUGAAAUGUACAGGGUGUCCCAAUAAAUGGCGGCGUAUCAAAGUUAUAUUUUUUCUUAUGGAACACCCUAUAUUUUAUUGCAUUUUUUAACUGUCCGCAAAAAAUAAGGUAUAGUUUCAUAAGGCUUCCCUAUACCUAUGUACAGAGUGUUCUGAGUUAUGUUGACUUUUCUUAAAAUGUAAAGUUUUAAAAGAAGGCUUAUUCUCAAGUUAUUUAAGAAACUAUAAAAACACUACUUUUACAUCUAAAUAGUUGGAUAUUGGUUGAACGUAUUCCAGGAUUAAUUAUUACACAUUUGACUACAGGGUGUUCAAAAUUUAUAGUUUCAUUAGUGGGGUAUUCAUUGUGUCAUAUGAUGCGUAUUUUAAAUGGAACACCAUGUAUAUUAAUAAAUAAUUAUACUUAACAAAUUUAUCUCUUUCGAAUAGUAUAUGGAUGUCCUAUACCUAGGUCUCAUAGUUUUUGCGUAAUUUAUAAUUAUUUAAAUUCUUACUCUGUAAAUCGAUUUUAAAACAAAAGAUGAAGUUAAUUAAUGUCAUUGUAUGACAUUGUCAUUUUAUGUCAAUACGGUCUGGUAAUUAUCUUAUAAUUAAUGCAUUCCAUGAUUGAUUAUUACACAUUUAUUUACAGGGUGUUCAAAAUUUCCAGUUUAAUUAUUAGAUUAUUCAAUGUAGCAUAAUAUGAUGGGUAUUUUAUUAGAACACCAUGUAUAUUAAUCAAAGAUUGUACUAAACACAGGUUUCUGGGUUAGGAAGUGCAGCAUUUACAAUAUUUUUAAUAUAACCUUAUUUAAAAAAAUUCAUCUUGGUCAAUCCUGGUGACCUAGGUGGCCAAAUAUAUGGAACGAAUCAAUCUAUCCAUUUAUUUCUAAAUUUUAUGUUGAGGUUGUUCUUAACAUCACGUCAAAAAUAAGCAGGAGCCCCGUCCACUUGGAGCCACAUGUUUGUUCGCACGCUAAGUGGAAGGUUUUAAGAAGGAUUCAAAAAACUUGUUUUAAGAAAUUUAAAAAAGUUGCUCCAUUCAGAUUUUCGUCAAAAAAAUAUGGGUCGAUAACGUACUGGCUCAAAAUACUGCCCCAAACAUUAACACUUCAUCGGUGUCGGCGAUCAACAUUAAAAUGUUUGUUUACUGUAUCAUAAUAAAAUGAAAGCUAUGUCUAUUAACUAGACGAUUAUUAUUAAAAGUAGGUAGAUUUGUCUGUACAUAAUACAUUCUUAAAAAAAUCAGGAUCUUCUCCAAAUUCUAAAGUCUAUAAACGAAAAGUUAAACGUUCCUGUUCUGUCUAAUGCUGGUGUAGUUGAGUUUUAUACGGAUGAUAGUGGUUUUUCUUAUGUAUUCUACAUACACUUGUUAGACUGAUCUCCAAUUGACUCGACAUUUUUCACGUAGGUACUAGUAUUUGGGGUUUCCGCCGUUGACGUCAUCAAAAAUAAAUGGUUUAUUUUGAUUUAACUUUUCCUACCUAUGCAAAAUUACCAGCAGCACGGAAUCUAUCGAGAAAUUUCUCAAAAACGUUCUUUUUUGGGUGUCCUCUAUCAGGAUAAUUUUAAGCGUAAACUUUAGAAGCUAAGAGAAAAUUUUAAAAAUAUUCCCCAAUGCAAAGUAGCAUGUCUACUCUUUCAUAGAUAGUGUGAUUAUUCAUUUUUAGGAACAAUUAAAUCUGAAUGUAAUUGGCUCUUCCAAAGCCAUUUUUAAGUAAAAAAAAGUUGAGUAUCAUACACGGAUGUUUAUAGUUUUGAUAAUUACCAGACCGCACUGUCAUAAACUGACAAUGUCAUACAAUGACAUUAAUCUUUCGUUUUAAAAUCGAUUUACAGAUUACGAAUUUAAAUAAUUGUAAAUUACGCAAAAACUAUGACACCUAGGUAUAGGACAUUCAUAUACCAUUCGAAAGAGGUAAAUUUGGUUAGUAUAAUUAUUUAUUAAUAUACAUAGUGUUCUAUUUAAAAUAAGCAUCAUAUGACACAUUGAAUACUCCAAUAAUGAAACUGUAAAUUUUGAACACCCUGUAGACCAAUGUAUAAUAAUUAAUUAUGGAAUACAUUCAACCAAUAUCCAACUAUUUAGAUGUAAAAGUAAUGUUUUUACAAUUUCUUAAAUAACUUGAGAAUAAGCCUUCUUUUAAAACUUUACAUUUUAGGAAAAGUCAAGAUAACUCAGAACACUCUGUACAUAGGUAUACGGAAGCUUUAUGAAACUAUACCUUAUUUUUUGCGGACAGUUAAAAAAUGCAAUAAAAUAUAGGGUGUUCCAUAAGAAAAAAUAUAACUUUGAUACGCCUCAAUUUAUUGGGACACCCUGUAUAUUUCAAAAAAUUUUAGAAUGUAGCUUUUAUCAACUUACAAACUAUUCAAUUUAAAUUUUUUUCAAAUCUUUUACCGUUUAGCUGUAAUCUUCCGUCCCGUUAGUGGUGACUCACCCUGUAUAUAUUGUAAAUCCCAAAUCAUAGUUUACAAUGUUUAUACAUUGCAAAUCAUGAUUCGGGAGUGCGCCUCGUAACAUUCAACGUGUCUUAGCUUGUUUAUUUCUAGUGCAUCUUUAUUGUGAUUUUAGUAUGGUAUACGAAAUCUUAUUUUCCCCUCUCUCAUUGUAAAUAAUAAGUAUUGUUUAGCUUGACGUAACUUGAGAAUGAAUCAAGAUGUCGAAUCAAGAAUUCGUAUUAAAAAUAAUAUUUAGAACAACUUGCAUCGGUGUCUGAUUCGUACCUAUUCUAAUUACAUUAGUUUUUAGUUUGUAUUUAUUUAUUUUAGAUUAUAAGUUAGCAUAUAUUUUUACAUGUUCUUACGUAUUUCUACCAUAAUAAAUAAAAAAGUAUA